UCCACUCCGCCACCCUCUACCGAAAGAGAAACAAAUCGCAGUUCAUUUGGCAAAAUAAUGAGGUUCAAAUAUCAAACCCUGCCCGUGACGCGAUUUAAUUAAUUAAAAGUUAAUUGAGAGAGAGCGGGUGGCCCGUCAUCUCUCGAAAAGGGCUCAUCGGUGGCCGCCAUCCAUCCGUUCCCAUCCCUUUCUCGUAGGACUUCUUUUUUUGCUCCCUUUUUCCUUCUCCUCGCCCUCCGCCUCUUCUCUCGAUCUCUCUAGAGUUUGUCCGAUGAUCUCGAUCUCGUCUUAGGGAGGGGGGCUGGGGGCCCCUGCUUCGUUUCUCUCCUCCAGAUAUCGUCGGCGGCCUUCGCGAGUCGAUCAGGUUGCUGGGAUGGAGAAUUGUUGGGAUCUCCUGGAAUGGCUUGGGCCGGACACGUCGACGACCGUGUUCAUGUUCCUGGACGAUCCGGCCGAUAUCGUGCGUGCCAGUGCUGUGUCCCGAUCCUGGCGCCGAUUUGUUAUUGUGAGUGGUUUUAGCAAAAAUCUGUGCCUAAGAAUUUGCCCGGAGGCAUCAAAUUUUACUCGUAUUACUGAGGUAAGCAGUUCGCAAAAGGCUGUAAAAGUUGGACCUAGCACUGCUGUUGAAUGGGAAAGCCUGGAGAGGGAGCACAAGGUAUAUACAUAUUUGAGUUACUGCCUUGUUUCACCUAAAGGCAAAAGGAAUUGCAGUAUUGAGGCCAUUAGUGCUUCCAGCACUGACAAUUAUCCAGAUGAGAGCAUUCUUAAUACACUGGAACCAAGAGAAGAAGUUGAUGCAAGGCCUUCUUACUGGUCGAGUGGAGGAGAAGCAGAUCCUGGAGUACCUGAAACUUUAACUUACAGACUAGUUUCCAAGUUAUGCAUCAUUGAUGAGAUAAAAGUACAGCCUUUUCAAGCGUUCUUUCAGCUUGAUGAUCCUAUAUAUUCAGCAAAAUCUGUGCGUUUUCGGAUGGGUCAUUCCAGGCUGUCCCAAGGGACCGGAACUUCUGUCACAGAGGGGUAUGCAAAUAGUCAUGGAGCUGCUAAUGACAACUACAACUGGACAUAUGUUUCGCCAGAAUUUCCAAUGGUGCAGGAAAAUGUUUUGCAAUCUUUCAAGCUUCCACGCCCAGUUAUCUGUAUAGGUGGAAUUGUGCAGAUUGAGCUGCUGGGUAGAGUCCAGAGACAAGCAACAGAUAAUUUGUAUUACAUAUGUGUGUGCCAUGUUCAAGUGAUCGGACGCCCACUUUCACCUGUAUUAGAUGUGGACGUCUCUGAAGCAGUGGGGCAUUCAGUUUUGAAGUACUUCCCAGAUGCCAGCGCUGUAGAAAAUCAGGCAAGAGAUUUUCCAUUGCAUGCCUUUGCAGCAAGAAUCAGGCAUUUGGGUGCUUGGAGCGGAUGGAACCAAGAAAUUCUAAAUGUACUGCUCAGGCCUGUAACUGUUUCUGAUGAUGAAGAUGGUUCGGACGAGGACAGAUUUGAGUGAUUGUCAUGGUUUCAGCUUGAGCUUAAACCUCUAUCUUUCUUAUAAUUUUAUAAUGUAGCGAGUUGCCAAGAGUCUUGCCUCUGGUUUCCUUGAGCAGAUGUCAAGGAAUUUGCGCCAAGUAAUUAUGCAGCCUUCUAUAUAUAUAUAUAUAUAUAUAUAUUUACCAAUACCAUGUUUAAUUGGCUGGUUUGGUUGCUAUAAUUCAGAGUUACAGAUAUGUAUAUUAUUACUGGAGCCUGAAAAUGGCUAAUUCUGCAACUUGCUUCUGCGUAAUCUUGUGAACCAGCUGGUCUGGCUGCUAUGAUUGUAUGAUUUUUAUAUAAUUGCUGGAGCCUGGAAAUUGCUAAU